AUGCAAGAAAAGGAAUACCCCUUCUUGGACUCUGACCUUUCUGAUAUUUUCGAUGAGUUGCUUGAAUUAAAGCUCAUUGAGUUGCCAGAGAUAACGCGGCCUGAUGAAGCUGGAAAAGCUGAUGAUCCAAAUUAUUGCAAAUAUCAUAGACUUGUGAGUCAUCAUCUUGAAAAAUGUUUUGUCUUCAAGGAUAGAGUGAUGCGAUUGGUUAGAGAAAAGAAGAUUGUCCUUGAUGAUGAGAAAGCUAGUUCUAAUCAAAUCUCCAUCACAUUCGGCUCGCUUGAUCCGAUCCAAAUACAUAUCACUAAAAAGCAUGAAGAAGAGUCAUUGGAACUAGACAAAUCUACAAAGAAGGAACAACGAGAGAAUCCUCACCAAAAAGUGUCUCCUAGUGGCGAAGAAAAAGCAACAAGGGAAAUCUCGUCAAUGAUGUCUCCUUCAUCUUCUGAAAAGCCUAUUGAACUUUCUUCCCAAGAAGCUCAUACAUGUGAUACAAAAAUCACAUUCACAGAUAACGAUCUUCUAUUUGGUGAAACACUACACAAUCGUCCUUUGUAUAUGGUUGGUCACGUGCGAGAGAAGAAGAUAAAUAGAAUCUUGAUAGAUGAAGGAUCUGGAGUCAACAUUCUACCUAUCCACACAUUGAAGGAACUCGGCAUCACGACCGAAGAACUUAGUGAAAGUCGUUUGUUGAUACAAGGAUUCAAUCAAGGAGGACAGAGGCCUUGGAUACACGAGAAUAGAAUUGUCUCAUCUUUUUACUAUCAAUAUUUGAAGUAUCUUGAAGACGGGAUUGAAAGGAAGAUAGUUGCAGAUGAUAAUCCUUUCACCGAAGUUGAGACGCACUUUGCCGAUGCAAAAUUCUAUUUGAAGAGUUAUGUUGUUAAAGGGACAAAAUCUAAUGAUGUCAAAUCAACCAAGUCUGACAAGAUCACAAGCAAAAUAAUCGAUACGGCUGUCGAAAAGGUAAAAGUUGACACUAAAGAACUUUGUCCCAAUCUCAAUGAAGGAAAGACCAUGUCUUCAAAGAAGAAUCUGACUUUUGGACUUCGCUAUGUUCCAAAACUGUCAGGAGAGACAAUUGCUCAAAAUCAAGUGCGAGAUGUAGCACUCCCUACAAAACGCACGGGAGAAGGUUUUGAUCCUAAUGCUUACAAGUUAUUUGCGAAGGCUGGAUAUAACCCUAAUGAGCCAUCAGCGUUAGGGAAACUCCCAUCAGUUGAUAAAACCAGGCAAACACGUGAAGGCAUAGGCUAUAACCAACCACCGCCAGUUCGCAUUUCCAUAAGAAGAGCAAGCAAUAAUCAUAUAACUUUUGAAGAUGAUGUUACUGCUCCCAAUAGAAAGCUUUUCGUCUUUGAUCGACUCGGAGAAUCGACUACAAGAACUUCUGUGUUCAAGAGAUUAGGUCCAUUGAAUAAAAACAAGAAUCUGAGAAGUUAUUUAAAAGUUACAACGCCUGCUUCACAUUUGGUUCGAAAGGAUUUCAAAAGUUUGAUUCCUUCUAAAAUGAGGCGACGAGUGGAACUUGUAGUUUCAUGUAAAGAGGAGAUCAAGGCAAAGGUUCGCACCGUGGUUUACACCAAGGAGCGCGAAGAAGAUGAAGAAAGUGUAGGCUCCUCAAAUCAUGUUACAAUCCAAAAUGAGUACGAUUCUCUACCUCAAAUAAAGAUUAAUGAAGAGUUAAAAGAUAUUGUCUGCUGUUGUCAUAUAUCUGUCAACGACAAUGAUCCUUUAGAAGAGGAAGAUGCUGGAGAUGCUCCACCGGAACUUGAAGAAAGAGUAAAGACCACAAUAGACCCUUUGAAAGAAGUUAACCUUGGCACUGAUGAAAACCCAAGGCCAACUUACUUGAGUUCCUUUCUAGAAGUUGAUGAAGAAAUCGCUUAUAUGAAUAUACUCAGAGAAUAUAGGGAUGUCUUCGCUUGGAGUUAUAAAGAAAUGCCUGGAUUGAAUCCUAAAGUAGCGGUCCAUCAGUUGGCAGUCAAAAAUAGCUUUAUUGGUGAGGUCAAAUAUCCUACAUGGAUUUCAAGUAUUGUUCCUGGGAAGAAGAAGAAUGGUCAAAUUCGAGUAUGUGUUGACUUUAGAGAUCUUAAUAAUUCAUGCCCUAAAGAUGAGUUUCCUCUUCCCAUUCCAGAGCUGAUGAUUGAUGCCACCACUGGAUAUGAGGCAAUGUCGUUCAUGGACGGUUCUUCUGGCUAUAAUCAAAUCCGCAUGGCUCUAAAGGAUGAAGAACUCACCGCAUUUCACACACCUAAGGGUAUUUUUUGCUACAAAGUGAUGCCAUUUGGUUUGAAGAAUGCUGGUGCUACAUGUCAAAGGGCUAUGCAAAAUGUAUUUGAUGACUUGCUCUAUAAAAAUGUUGAAUGUUAUGUGGAUGACCUGGUGGUAAAAUCCAGAAAGAGGAGUGAUCAUUUGAAAGACUUAAGAAUGGUGUUUGAGCUGCUUCGAAGAUAUCAACUAAGGAUGAAUCCAUUGAAGUGUGCCUUCGGAUUUACUUCUGGAAGUUCCUUGGCUUCAUUGUGA